CCACCUACCAAAACGUAUCGCCUCGUUAGGGUUUCUCCCAGGGUUUUUCCCCCGCGCCGCCGCCGCCGCCGCCGCCACCCCGCUCCUCCGGAUCGCCGCCAUGGCCGCCGCAGCCACCGCUGCCGACCAGGCUACGAAUUUGCUGCAGAAGCUAUCCCUUGAUGCCAAGACCGAGGCCAUAGACGCGCCGGCGGCGAAGGAGAAGGCGACCGGAGGGCUGGGCGGCAAGCUGAAUGGUGUGGCGGCGACUCGGAACCCACGGGGGGCCGAGCAGUGGGCAAAUCCACAGGAUUACAGCGAUGCAAGCAUGUAUUAUGGCGCCUACCCUGCUGCUUACUAUUGCGCAGGUUGGGGUGAUUAUUCCAUGUACUUGAGUCAGGAUGGAGUGGAAACACCUACCGCUGGUGCCUAUGGUGACAUGUACUGCUAUCCUCAAUAUGGGCCUGAUGGUCAGAUGUAUGGGUCACAGCAAUAUCAGUACUCAUCAUCAUACCACCAGCCGCAGAACACUGCCACUAAGCCACAAUACAAGUCUAAAACUGACAAGCUGGCCCCAUCAAAAGAGAUUUCCUCUACUGUUGCUGAUCCGCUGCAUGCCAUAGUCAGUGCUGCUCCCAAAGCCACUUCAAACAGUAUUGAUGAUGUUAAAGGUCUGAAACCAAGUGGGAACAAUGGUAGUUACCUGAACCCAAGUAGCAGACCAGCGUAUCCAUUUUAUGGUGGCCAAAUCUACCAGGGAAAACAGCAGAUGCCUUCUAUUGGCAAUCCUACUUCAACUGAUUCAAAUCCUAAAAGCAAGGUUCAGUUGAAGAAUCAGAAUACUCAACCUCUUCCUCCUCUGAUGAGUUUACCUAACUCACCGGUUGCUUCAAUGUACGCUGGUAAUGGGAUGUACAACAGCAAUGCCUAUGGUGGCUUUUGGUAUGGAUCCCAAUUUUAUGGGCCAGGAAUGUAUGGUGGAUGGAAUAAUCUGUCGGAUGGAAAAUACAAGCCCCGAGGGAGGACAGCAUAUGGAUCAUAUGGAUUUCCCAAUGAAAACCUUGAUGGUUUGAAUGAGUUGAAGAGAGGACCACGAAGUGGACUCUCUAAUAUCCAACAGGGCUUUGGACCAGCUGCUGCGACAGCUGUGAAAGCACAGGAUGUUUCUGCUACUGAUGGCUCUAAUGCAGUUGUGCAGGAUCAGUACAACCGGCCUGACUUCGCUGACACUUACGAAAAUGCCAAAUUCUUUAUUAUUAAGUCAUACAGCGAGGAUGAUGUUCACAAGAGCAUCAAGUACAAUGUUUGGGCAAGCACACCCAAUGGAAAUAAAAAGCUUGACAGUGCUUAUGUAGAAGCUAAAUCUGUCAAUUCUCCUGUGUUCCUUCUCUUCUCGGUCAACACCAGUGGGCAGUUUGUUGGUCUUGCUGAGAUGGUUGGUCAGGUUGAUUUUGACAAGACGGUGGAACACUGGCAGCAAGACAAGUGGACUGGUUGUUUCCCUGUCAAGUGGCACAUUGUCAAGGAUAUUCCCAACAAUUUGUUAAAGCACAUCAUUCUCGAGUAUAACGAAAACAAACCAGUGACAAACAGCAGAGAUACACAGGAGGUCAAGCUCGAGCAAGGCCUUCAGGUGUUGAAGAUUUUCAAGGAUCAUGUCUCCAAAACAUCCAUCCUGGAUGACUUCAUCUUUUAUGAUAACCGUGAGAAGAUAAUGCAAGAGAGGAAAUCACAGCGGCAGCAUCAACUGAAGAAGAUCACGAGCCCGAAGCUGCUGCCUACUGUUGACAAUGCUGAAAAUGACUCUGGCAAUGCGCAGGAACCACAGAAGCCUGAAGUUACCGGAGAGGAAGAAUCUGCUGCGGAAGACAAUGUGGUGGCGGCUGCCGUGACUGGUGUUGCCCCGAAAGAUGCUAACCCCACAGCCGCAAGCUUGGCUGUUGCAAAUGGCUGCUGAUUUUUUUGUCUGUUGAGUUGUGAGUAAGGUGACAUGACAGCUUGGGAGUUUUGGAGGAGGCUGGGGCGGCAGUUCAACUGUUGGAGGCAAUCAGGGUUCUGUUGGGGUUCCGUAGGUGUUUUUGCAGAAAGUUCGAUGGAUAUGGUUAGGUUUCUCUUGAGAUUUCCCCUCUGUAUUAUUAUUUCUCUAUCUUGGAGCUGAGUUCGGUUGGUAGGAGAUAGAGAUCAUCAGUUGUUGAUCUGGGGUGGUGGUGGUGGUGGUGUGUUGUCUUUUUUAUCUUGUUGUUGUUAGGAAAUGUACCUAGGUGUGGUGAUUUGUACUGGUUUUGCAAGAAGUAACUUGUCUGUUUCAGAGUUGUUUA